GAGCUUGGCUACUCAUUCGGCGAUGGACGCCUUUCUCGCCGAGCUUGGGGACGAGAUACAAGAUGUUGAUGAAGGUGAGCAUGUGGACUCGUAGCAGAUGGUUGGGGCGCAAUUGCAGCGUGCGAUAACUGGUAAGUCAGAAACUUUCGACCUCUUCUCUCAGAGUGCUUCGAUGGAAGACCUUGGCAUGCUGGACCCCAAGAAAGCUGUCCUGGAGGUGACGAUAGCGGGACGUGAUUUUGAGAUCACACAGUCGCCUGGUAUGCUGCAAUCGCAACGUGGAGGAGGGACUACAGGCGCUGCUGUUUGGCAGUCCAUUGUACGUUUCGCCGAAUGGUUGGAGUUAUCAAGCAACCCGCUGUUUCGUCUCGGCCUACUGGAUGCCACCUCCGUUGUGUUAGAGCUCGGAGCUGGCGUCUCUGGCAUUCUGCCUUGUAUACUGAGCAAGAGGGUGCACAAGGUCGUCUCGACUGAUCAGGCGUAUACGCUGAAAGCACUACAGAACAAUAUCUCCACAAAUCUACGCGAAACCCGGGUUUCAGCCAAAGUAAAAACUAGUCUACCUGCCAUCGAGGUUCUCCCGCUGGAUUGGGAGACAGAUGAUGCCCUCAGCUUUCUGCGCUCCGCUGGUCUGGACUCAGGAGUCCAUAUGAUCGUGGCCUGCGAUUGCAUCUACAACUAUGCUCUCCUUGCCCCAUUCGUACAGACAUGCGCAGACUUGUGCCGAGCUCGCUGUCAUCCGAGCAAUACGAAUGAAGAUCCCAAAGCGGCGACUUUGUGCGUUAUUGUACAACAACUUCGACAAUCAGAAGUUUUCGACCAGUGGCUUGCCAUCUUCCGCCAACGUUUCCGAGUCUGGAGAGUGCCCAGCAACCUGCUCUCGAGAGGCUUGCAGGAAGGUAGCGGGUUUGCAGUCCACGUCGGCAUCGUCCGGCAGGACUCUUGACAUAAAUCCACUGCUGCAAAGAACGACCAGCGUUUGUUUGGACGAGUCCAGCUCUCGCGCGCCCUUUCUCCGCUCUCGUUUUUCCAGACCUGGCGCUUGGAUAGUAUGGCUUCAGCAUAUGUUUGAAGUUCAGUCGCCAAAUACAGCGCGUUGGCCUCGAUGCAGAAAUCAAACAGUGAUUGCUUGGUCUCUCACGCAACUGAUCUUCUCGUAUCCACCGGGAUUCGACUCGGUGAUGUAGUAGCAUUCGUUCAUUGUGUUGUGACACUGUUUAUUACAUCAGCUUUGGAACACCAGAUGAUGGAGAGUACCUAGUACGCACAAAGGUAUCGCAAGCGCAAUUCCAACCCAAGAAACUCCCACGAAGGUAACAGAAGCCGCAAUUUGUCCUCACGUUUCCUGCUGACCUGCAAGUCCGCCACUCGGUAUCCGGUCGGUAUUCCUGGGUCAGAGAGAAUGCCACAUCUGGGCUCUGAUCCGCUGCGAAGGCCAAGGCAUUCAAGAAGGCCAGAAGAACAGUGAAUAUGAGCAGCAUGGCCGGAGUCGAUGUUUGUUGUUGAGAAGGGCAAUAUGAUUUCGUGAGGACAAUUGCACGCAGAGCGGUCGCGUCUACAAUAAUAGUUUGAGGCAAGGCUCUUAUGGGUUUGACGCUAGGAUCUUGGUACGGCGCCACUACGCGUCUGGUCUGAGGCUAUACCAAAGCAAAGAGCUUGGCGAGGAAUGUGAUCCACUACAGCAGAGCAUCUGGGGAACAUACAUACAUCGAAUGUCUGGCAAUUCCG